AUGGAAGGCCUGGGGGAUGGCGACGGCAUGGGCUUUGACAUGCAACCCAUGAUGAUGAACCAGCAAUCUCGGCUCUAUGGAGGAUAUUCCCACGAUAGCUCACAAAUGUCCGUUCCUGGAGGUUCCAUCUACCCCGACGACUCAGUACUGGGCGCGGGGGAGGAUGCCAACGACGCGAAGAGGCGCCGCAUUGCUAGAGCAUGCGACAUGUGCCGAAAAAAGAAGAUCAAGUGCGACGGAAAGAUGCCCAAGUGUUCGCACUGCCUCAACUAUAAGACAGACUGUAUCUUCACACAAGUAGAAAAGAAACGAAAUCCACCCAAAGGAGCCAAGUACAUCGAAGGGUUAGAGAAUCGCCUGGGCCGUAUGGAGUCUUUGCUGCGACUAUCUGGUCUUUUAUCCGAAGGCGAUAAUGGGAAAACGGAUCUGGGCACGCUGGAGAAACGGCUAGCCGACCGAACGAACGCCUUGGAUGCGGCGAGAAAUGCGAACCAAUUUACAGCGCCGAGUGCAACCCACCCAGCUGUGGCCUCUCACAAUACCACACCCCGCAUGGAUUCGCAAUCCAGUCCACGAACCACCGCCGCUACAUCCCCCGAGUCUCAAAAGUCUGAGACGGAAGUGGAGGCCUUGUCGGAUAUGAUGUGCUCAUUGGUCACCAACAAUUGUGGAGAGACUCGAUAUAUUGGUUCUUCGUCCGGGUUUUCGAUCUUUUCUCCAAAAGGUAUUCAAUGGGUCAACGAGAAGACAGGGGAUACCUCUUUUCAAGAAAUGAUAUCCUCGGCGUAUGUUGAUGAUAAUAAAUGGAUGUACUGGAAGCCGGAGAUCUUUAGCGACAUCUUUGCUCGGAGGGUGUUCAAGCCUUUACCCCCCAAAGAGGAAGCUCUUUCGUUAUUCAAGGACUUCUUCGAGAAUUUCAAUUGCGUGUUCCCUCUGUUCCAUGAGGCGACAUUCAUGCAUUUAGUGGACCGACAAUACUCUCGCGACCCGUAUGAAGGCUCUGGAUGGUGGGCGAGUAUAAACGUCGUGUUGGCUAUUUCUCAUCGACUCCGGGUUAUGAGCAAUUUGGUGCCACAUGAGGAAGACAAAAAAGCCUGGUUGUACCUGAAGAAUGCCAUGGGUGUCUUGACAGAAUUGACGAUGCGAAAUACCGAUCUUCUGAGUGUUCAGGCGCUCCUGGGAAUGUCACUUUUCCUGCAGGGUACACCAAACCCGCAGCCUGCGUUCUUUUUGGUUGCAGCGGCUAUUCGUUUGUCACACAGCAUUGGUCUGCAUAAGCGGGGCUCGGGCUUUGGGCUAAACCCAGUGGAGAUGGAGCAGCGAAAGAGGGUCUUCUGGAUUGCCUACACUCUUGAUAAAGACCUUUGUCUACGAUCCGGCCGACCGCCUGUCCAGGAUGACGAUGACAUGAACGUUGACCUACCAAGUGAGGACCCACCAGACAACGUUGGUAAUGUCCCGCUUGCCGAUGGAGUGGGCAAGUUCAACCUCUUUAGAUCCUUAUGUGAGUUUGCCACUAUCGAGAGCAGGGUAUACAAGAAACUAUACUCUGCCAAGGCAUCUCGGCAGUCUGACGGUGAAUUGCUUAACACAAUUGGUGAGCUUGACAAGGAGCUCGAAGACUGGAAAGACAGUAUUCCCACGGAUUUCAGACCAGAGCAUGAGAUUCAAGCCACUCAUGGUCCUCUUAUCCUCCACGUUGUGGUCCUGCAAUUCUCAUACUACAAUUGUUUGACCACUAUUCAUCGAAUGUCUGUGCACCACGGUUACUGGACUAGUCGAUUAUCCAAUUACGCCAUUCAAGGUCUGAAUGCGCGACCAUUGAAUCCCAGGGUUUUCCUCUCUGCGGUUCUUUGCGUGACUGCAGCUAGGGCGUCGAUCAAUUUGAUCAAGUAUAUCCCCCAGGGCGAUUUUGCUUGUGUCUGGUUGAUUCUAUAUUACCCUGUGUCGGCUCUUGUUACUCUCUUCGCCAAUAUUCUACAGAACCCCAACGAUCCUCGUGCUCGGUCGGACGUGAAGUUGAUGAACGUAGUCGUCAAUUUUCUGUCCACCCUGGUUUCUGACGAGUCUAACGGUAGCAUCAAGCGAAUGCUUUCCCUUUGUGGCGAGUUCGAGAGGAUUGCUAAGGUAGUCCUGGACAAAGCCGAGAAGGAGUCUCACGUACGUAAGAAGCGAAAGAAUGCACCCGACGAUUCGGCCCCAUCACAGCGGGAAGAACACGGAGAAUCGACUACUACCCCAUCUGCCAAACCUCAAGCACCUCACUCAUCCACGCCUUUCACCCCGGCAAUGUUUACCCACGACCCUUCCGCCCCCACCCCUUCACCUAACACAGCCAAGAGCUACGCCGCCGAUCCUUCAUUACCUUCGAACACCGGGAUCCCUAACCCGAUGGCUGGUUAUGGCCAAGGUUUCUCAGAUAUGCUGAGUCCCGGCCUGGAUAAUGGCCCAUUCGGUGACCAAGCCCCCUUCACCAGUCCAAACGUGGCUCCUUUCCAACAACCCUUCGUCCCACAAGACUUGUGGCAGAUGCCAAUGACUCUCGAAUGGGACUGGGCGGACAUGUCCUCCAACUUCCCUGUCUUCGAAGCUGGAGACGGCAAUGGUCCGCCUCCGCAGUAA